AUGUCAGCACCUGUCAAUAUAGACAUACCAAAAUUAAUUUUGGAUAAUGGAGCUGGUUUGAUAAAAGGUGGGAUACUUCCGAGUUAUUCUCAAAUGGAAGGAUCAUUGUGUGAAGAGAUAGAACCUAAAUUUAUUUUACCUAAUUGUGUAGGUCAAAUAAGAAAAAAAAAUAUAUUUCAUAUAAGUGACAGUUGUCAGAGUAUAUGUGAAUAUUUUUGUCACCGUCCUCACGUGGAUGGUUUGUUGUUAGAUUUGGAGUUGGAAACGAAAAUAUGGGAGAAGAUUUUUUCAUGUAGGAACACUGUAGGAGGGAAAAUAAAUGAAAUGGGUCUUUGUGUUACUGAAUCAUAUUUAACACCUGCAUAUAUAAAACAAGGGGUGAUUGAAUUAUUAUUUGAAUAUUUUAAUAUGGGUCAAAUUGUGAUUGUUUCUUCUCAAACAAUGUUACCAUUUUCUUAUAUAGGUUUAAAUUUAGGACAGUAUGAUAUUUUAAAUCCUCCAAUUUAUCGUAGUCGAUCUUCGAUAACAAAAAAAGUUGAUCAAGUAAUAAAAAGACGAAGACGAAGUGAAAAUUAUGAUAUAGACAUGAAUAAAUUAGAAUCUUCAAAAGAUAACAUGAUGGAGAAUAAUUUGGAUAUGGAUAGUGUUAUAAAUAUAAAAAAUUUAGGAUCUCUGGAUAAAACAAAUGAAGAAAAUAUGAACAAUAUGGAUAAUAUAAAUAAUGUGAAUAAUAUAAAUAAUGUGAAUAAUAUAAAUAAUGUGAAUAAUAUAAAUAAUGUGAAUAAUAUAAAUAAUGUGAAUAAUAUAAAUAAUGUGAAUAAUAUAAAUAAUGUGAAUAAUAUGAUUGAUGACAAUUCGCAUGAAUGUAAUAAGAUAAGACCUUCACAGGAAAUUGUUGAUGAAAAUAAGGUUGAUAUUUUUAAUAUACAAAAUGAUAAUUUAUUUGUUCAAGAUGAUGAUAAAAAUAUUGAAGGGGGUGAAAAAUAUGAAAAUAGUGGAGAUAUGAUUGAAAAAAGACGUUAUAAUAAAAAGAAUACAAAAGGUGACGUAAGUAUAUUUACAAAUAAACAUAUAUAUUUAAAAAAUAUUGAAUGUUAUAAUAAGUAUUCACACAAACUAUAUAUAGAUGAUAAAUAUCAGGGUGAUAACUGGGAAGAUUUUUAUUUUGAUUCCUUCUUUAAUCUAAAUAAUAAUCAUAAUAAUAAUAUUUAUGAGGGUGAUAAUAAUUAUAUAUUUCAGGGUUUAAAGACGAAUCCAAAAAGCUAUAAAUAUAAUAACAACAAUGUUGUGAGAACCUUAUAUGAUAAUAAUUAUUUAGGAAAGAAUUUUUCAAGACAAGAUCCAAAUUUUAUAAUACCAGAAAAGGUUGAUUUAUAUAGAAAUUAUUAUGGUAAAAAUUUCCAGGAUAUUAAGAUGUUUAAAAAAAAUUAUAGGAAUAAGUAUAUAAAUAAUUUUUAUAAAAAUAUAAUAAAUGGAAAUUAUAAUUUAUCUUUAAGAAAUCCAUGUGCUUUGUAUAUUGACGUUGGUUUUUCUCAUACAUAUGUCUUACCAUAUAUUGAAUACAAAUUAAUUGAAUAUGCUGUAUUAAGAACAAAGAUUUCUGGAUCUAUUUUAAAUUCUUAUUUAAAAAGUACCCUUUCUUAUAAACAUGUAAAUUUAGAACAUAACGAAUUGUUAGUAGAAAAUAUUAAAGAAAGGGCUUGUUAUGUCUCAUUAGAUUAUUUGAAGGAAUUAGAAACAGAAAAAAUACGAUUAGAAAAUAUAAAGAAACAAAGGAUCAAGGACAAACUUGACAUGCGCGCUGAAAUAUUAAUGAAAGAACUAGAAGAAGAAGAAAAAAUGAAAGAGGAAAGAAAUAAAGAGAAAAAAAAGGAAAUAGAAACAAAUAUGGAAAAAAAAAAAAAGAAAAAAAAAAAAAAAAAAAGUGAUUUGCUAAUAAAUUCACUUGUUAAAGAAAAUGAAUCAAAUAGUACAAUAAAUUAUAUGAAUAUAAAUGAAAAUGAUAGUUCAAGUGGUAGUAACAAUAGUGAUGAUGAUGAUAAUAAUAAUAGUGAUGAUGAUAAUAAUAAUAAUAGUGAUGAUAAUAAUAAUAAUAAUAAUAGUGAUGAUAAUAAUAAUAAUAAUAAUAAUAAUAGUGAUGAUAGCAAUAAUUAUAGUGAUGAUGGCAAUAAUUAUAGUGAUGAUGGCAAUAAUUAUAGUGAUGAUGGCAAUAAAUAUAGCGAUGAUAGCAAUAAAUAUAGCGAUGAUAGCAAUAAAUAUAGCGAUGAUAGCAAUAAAUAUAGCGAUGAUAGUAAUAAUUAUAGUGAUAAUAAUAAUAAUAUUGAUAAGUGUGAUAAGAGAAAAAAUAAAAAAUUACAACCCCAUUUAUCAUAUCAAUAUAAAUUAAUUGAUUAUAAUAACAUAUCUAAACGUCAAAUAAAUAAAGUGUUCAAUACAUUGAAAAAUAAUUAUAACAAUAAUUGUAUAUAUAUAGAUUCAGAUUAUGAUUAUAAAGAAGAAUUUUCGAAUUAUAUAAUUGAUGAUAAAAAUGAUAAUAUGAAUAUAAAAGAUAUGAGUAUGAAAUUAGGAGAUACUUCAAAAGGAAAAGAAGAUAUUAUUAAUUUAACAAAUGAAAGAAUAGGUAUACCAGAAAUUUUAUUUAAUCCACAAGAUAUAAAUUUAGAACAUUGUAGUAUAGUUGAAUUAAUAUAUAGAUGUAUAUCAUUAUUACCUAAACAUAUACAGAAAUAUUUUGUUUCUCAAAUAUAUAUAUCAGGAGGAUCUACAAAAUUUAGAAAUUUUAAACAUAGAUUAUAUAAAGAAUUAAGACAAGUAUUUCCUUCUGAUUGGGAUAUAAAUAUUUAUUCACAUAAAAAUAGUUUGUAUAGUAAUUAUAUAGGAACAUAUGUAUGGCUAAGUGAUCCAAAUAUAUAUAACUAUAAUGUUAUAACAAGAGAACAAUAUUUUAAUUUUGGAAAGGAUUCUAAAGUCUGGCAUAGAAAAAAAGAAACAUGA